AUGAAACGUGGAAAAGAUUCGAAUGAACAUUCGGAAAUGGAAAUUUUGGCACGUUUUACAGUGGAACCUCGCCGAAGAGAGCAUGUGGGAAGAAGAGGAUACAGUCCUCGCCGGACCCAGUCUAGCAGCAAUCGAGUAGAGAUGUAUUUCUCCGAAGUGGACGUUGACGUUAGACAACCGAGGUCUAGGGAGCCAACAGCUAGCUUAACGUUUGUCCUCGGACGACAUAUCCAGCGGAUACAGCAGCGGUGAAGCGCUACAAUCCAGCCGUACAUCUCAAGGCGAUUCGUUAGUUCGAACAUCGAGCGUCGGUGCAAGAACACGCGCAAAACCUCGCUCCACCACGAAGAAGACCCCAGAGGACUCGGGAGAGGAUUCCGACAGCGUCGACCCUCCUUCCUCCAAAAAUGUCUCAUUUCCGACACCUUUGAAUCUCGUCACUCCCGAGCAAGCUCUCGAGAUCUUGCUUCUACUCUCGCAAAACAGUAAUAUUGCUGAUCAUAUCAAAUUCGAUCGUGGCUCCCUUGUGGCAGGUAACGAUGAUUUACUUAAAAGUACCAGUCAAUCAGGCCCGGAACUAGAGAAAAGAGAAUCGACAGAGACAGUCGACAAUUCGAGCUCAGAGCCCGUGCUAGCCGCGGAGAUUCAAAUAAUUCAGAGCGUAGAGACUAGAACCGAUCCUGUGGCGUUAUUAACGACGGAAAAGUCGAACGACGUUGGACAGACGAAGCAACUCGAAACGCAAGGUACAAAGAUUGAGGGAACAACAGAGACUAACACGAGUAUGGAAACACAGAGUGCGAAGACUGAAGAGGGAAUAAAAAAUAAUAUCGCAAGCACAGAAAGCGUAACAAGCGACGAAGCUUCCUUGGAAAAAUUGACCGAGGAAUCAACUCGUACCGCGACGGACGAACUCUGUCAGAAUAAAUUCGAGGAACUGAAGCAACUUUUGAGCGACGCUCAUAAAGCUGUUAACAACAUCGUUCACACGCAAGAGAGAUUGAGAAGUAGCGACGCGUCCAUCGCCGAGACGUCGUCUCAAAAAGAAAUAUCAUCGCAGAAUAUAGACACUGUUGACAGCGAAAUUAUUCGACAAAGUGAACCGUUCACUGACGGAACCGUUUUCGAAGAAAUUUCGCCAGAGAGUGGCAGCUGCAUGGACGUUUGGACAACUCCGAACGUGUCGCGAAGUAACUCCGACAGUCACGGCCGGGCUGGCAAGUACAACAAGAAGCCAGCGCCGAAAGUGCCUCUUACGAAGAGCGAGGAGGACUUGAACGAGACCGAUGCUCAGAGCGCGUUGAAAGCCACUUUGGUAAUUAAAACCGGAACCCUAAAGACCUUCUCGAACACCAGCGUCACGAAAGACGUGUUUAUCGCUCACGCAAGCGACGCCAAGUCAAAGGCUAAGAAGUCGAAGAGGCAGCGGACCAAGGAAGGUUUCUCGAAGCUGUUGACCAUCCCGAAAAACAUCUUCCACGGCGCGUUCUCCAAGGAACCGAAGAGAGGAGAAGACUCUUGCUCGGACGUGAGCGCGUCUAAGUCCAGAUCGAACAGCAUCGAAUCGCAAGAGGCGAUCGUUGAACUUGCGCCGAUGUUAUCGAGCUCCAAUCAGAAGAUAAACACUCAGAGUGACGAUAAGAGCGAGAACGAUAGCUCUAACAGCUCUGGCAGUUACGUGCUUGCGCUGGCCGACGAUAAGCAGAAGUUGGAAACGAAGAAAGAUACCGAGGCAACGAGCGUAGAGUCGCAGAUAAGAGAAAUGUCGCAGUCGCCGAAAAUUGGCAAAAGAUUGGAGUCGGAUAUUUUUUAG